AUGCGGCCGCAUCUUCUCGUUCUGUUCUUCUUCCUGUCGGCGUCAUCGGCGGAGCAGCGGCGCGUAAGAAGCGUCGAGGAGGAAUGCCACGCGGAACAUCCCACCUUGCUCUAUUAUUUCUCAUGGGCGGAUUAUACGGUGUUCGCCUUAAUGCUGCUGGUGUCGUGCCUGAUUGGCACCUUCUAUGGCUUCUUCGCCAAGAAGCAAGAGACCAGUCAGGAUUUUCUGCUGGGCGGCUCCAGCAUGAGCACGUUCCCCAUGGCGAUGUCAUUGACCGCCAGCUUCAUCACGGCCAUCGAACUCCUGGGGAAUCCUGCGGAGAUGUACCAACAGGGAACUCAAUUCUGGAUGACUUGCAUCUCUUUCAUACUCGUGGUGCCGAUCACCUCCUGCCUGUACCUGCCGGUGUUCAUGAAAUUGAAGCUGACAUCGAGCUACGAAUACCUGAAUUUGCGCUUCGACCGGCAUUGCCGAUUGCUCGCGAGCGUGUUGUAUAUGUUGCAAAUGGUGCUGUACACGUCGGUAGCUGUGUACGCACCUGCAUUAGCGUUAAGUCACGUAACGGGCCUGAAUACUUACAUAGCCGUCACUCUAGUCUACGUUGUCUGCAUUUUCUACGCCUCACAGGGUGGUAUGAAAGCCGUGAUAAUGGCCGAUACUUUCCAAGCCGCCGUACUUAUUGGUUCGUUGUUCCUCAUCUUGGGCUACGGACUGUCCUGGGCUGGUGGAACUGCCCGUGUUUGGCAGGAGAACGCGAAUUCCGGCAGGAUGGAAUUCUUCAAUAUGGAUCCUAGUCCUACGGUACGGCACAGCUUCUGGAGUGUUGCGAUCGGUGGUACUUUCUACUGGACCACCAUGUUCUGCAGCAACCAAGCGUCCGUCCAAAAGUAUCUCAGUGUCGAGAGCAUCUCGCAAGUAAGAAUAGCGUUGUGGGUGUCUGCGUUCGGAAUGAUUGUAAUUUAUAGUGUGAACUUUCUGACUGGAAUGGUGCUGUACAGCGCUUACAAAGACUGCGAUCCUUUGACAGCCGGAUAUAUAAGCGGCCAGGAUCAAAUACUUCCGCUGUAUGUGAUGAAUUUCUUGGGAAGUCUUCGUGGAAUGCCCGGAUUCUUCGUGGCUGGUAUCUUCGCCGCGUCUCUCGGAACUGUGGCGAGUGCUCUGAACUCGUUGGCAGCGAUAACCUGCGAGGACAUUUUUCGUGGACUUCUCCAGAUAGACUUGCCGGCGAGCAAAGGCGCCAUUUACGCCAGAUGGAUCAGCAUAUUUUUCGGAGCCCUCAGUUUCGCGCUGGUCUUCGUCGUCGAGCGUCUCGGUAGCGUUCUGCAGGUUGCGCUGUCUUUUAAUGGCAUGGUUGGCGGUGUGACUUUAGGCCUAUUCUCCUUGGGCAUGUUUGUGCCGUGGGCUAAUGCCAAAGGAGCAAUAGUAGGUGCUAUCACGAGUUUGGUAGUCGUGCUGUGGAUCGGAUUAGGCGCCCAAGUUGCGACUGUAAACGGACAGAUUCAUUUGGAUAGCAAACCCACGUCGAUUGCAGGUUGCCCCUGCAUAAAUGAGACCACAAUCGUGAUCGAUCAAAUCGAGCACAACUCCGAUGAAGUCUGGUCUAUAUACAAGACCAGUUACCUGUGGUACAGCGCGAUCGGUUGCAUGUUGACCAUGCUGGUGGGCCUGGCGGUGAGCUUCGCGACGGGCGCGCAAAAUCCCGCCGACGUCGAUCAGGAUUUCCUGAGUCCGCCGAUCGCGGCCAUGUUCCGCAUGCAGACGAAGCCUCGCGCCUCCACAAAUGUCCAGGGCAUCGCGAACUUCGGCCUCGAGCUGGAGGAUGAAAAGCCGCGGCAAGCGGACGUUUGCAAGAGCCCGAAGUGAUCCUCUCGCAAGAGGGAUCAUCGAUGAAGAUCAAACACGCCUGGGGAACGUAGACGCCGAGAGCGAGAGAGCAAUCUAAUUCACUAAACAUUUCGUCGGAUGAUUUAUCAGAUGACCGAAGAGUUGCACGGCGGGAUAUUCAUCCCCUCCGAGGGUUCGCUUUGAGAAAGAGCGUAAAAUCCAUUUCCCAGACGGCGCAGAAAUUUGACAAACACCUGUUAGAUUUAGAAAAAGUUCUGAUCAUUUAAACGUCGUUCUGGACUUAAAUGGAAUAAAUUGUUCCAUCGUAAUUCUACGGUACUUUCUUGCCAGUAUUAGUUUCGAGGGACAACGAGAUUAACUAAUUGUUCGAGACACACUCUGCGUUCCUACUCGUGGGCAUGUUGAGAAUGAAACCCAGAGUUCUGCGAUCCGUACAUCGUAUACCACGAGGAUUAAUUUAAUUAAUCGCAAUGAAUAAUCAAUACAAAGGUAUAGUUUGAAAGAAUUACAGAGAGUCUUAUUUCCUCUAACAUUCGUACGUUUUUUCUUCCUGCGCAAAGUUAUCCGAGAGUAUGUGACUGACAAAAUAUAGUAGACGUUGCAGCAGCGCUACGGAAUUUAUUCCCAAAGAUAUAUUACCAUGACGGAACAGGACAGAUGAGGGAGAAUUAUGAGUUUUUUUGUUAUCGAGUUUGCAUGAAAACGAUGCCGUAUAAUUUAUAAAAGAAACAUCGCGCACGUCUGCAUUGUUUAAGCGCAUUUCUUUAUAACAUUCUGAAUAAUGCGAUUUGACUUGCCUAGCUAGACUUUCCCAUGUUAACGCGAUAGCAAAAAAUUUAGAUUAUAUCGUCUGCGUAUAAUUUAUAUACAAUUUAUAUACAUGCAUUAUAACCGCGUCAUUAAAUAACCUUAAUUUAUUAUUAAAUAUUACCAGUAAAUCAGAAGAAGAUUACUUAAGUCUUUCUUUUUUUUUUUUAUUUGACGCACGACCGAUUUUACUUCCAGAAUUAUACUUUCAGAAUUCUUAUAUCUUAUGGAGACAGGUAUCUCACAGCACGCACUAAAGAUGUUUGACUGUAUCAUUGUACUUUUAUCUCUUUGCUUUCGCAUAAUUUAUUAACGGGACAGUGCGUUCUGCGAAUAUUGUAGUAUAGCAGAUUGAAAUAGAUAUUAAAAUAUUAUUAUUAUACUUAUUUCUGUAAAUAUAUUUUUGUGGAACAAAUAAAUAUUUA